ACUCCGGAAACGCCAUCGAGUGACAAGCUAUGAGUGCCUAGCUCCAAAUAUCUUACCCUAGCAUGAACAUUUAUCAUACAAAACCCCUUUAUUGCCCUCCGCCCCAUACUCCGGAAAUUACCGAUACACGGACCGAAAUACCUAUGUAGGCUCCCUUGCCCACAAUACUAGCCAGUAAGCAGAUUCAAGAUUUACUCGAGUACAGGGGAAGGUCAGCCUGGGUGGGUUAGGGUUAUAAGUGGGGUGCGAUGAAGUGACCUCUUUGGCCCCUCACAACCCCUAGGUUCAUCCCCUAGGAGCACAUCAUACCACGACUCGCUGAGUCACUACGUAAAUCCGAAGGACACAGACAAGAGUUGGUUCAUUCAAUCACCAGAAUUGCAAAGAAAGGAAAAAGAAAAGAAGACGAAAAUGGCACCCUUCAACCUAGUCGUCGCCCAAAAGGUUCGCUGAUUCCCGCGCUCUCCCUUUGGUUUAUCCUAUAAGUUUGCGAUGCUGAUUUGAGUACAACGCUCGCCAGGCGUCUCCGGGGCUCAUCUACCCAGUACUCAUUGCGGCCAGUAUAGUCAACGCCGUCGAUAACAUUCAGCCUGUCGCCAUCGUUACCUACAAAGAUGUCGAUCUUCUCGAUAGGAAAGACAAGGCAUCCGCGGUCGGCGUACAGUUUGACGGUGAAGAGAUGAUAUAUGGCCCUGAGGGCGUUCUCUAUAGAAUCCUCAAGUCUUAUUCAUCCUCCCUUCGGUCCCGCGUUGAGAGCACUGCUGUAUACCGACUUCAUAGAAAAAUAAAAAUGGAAUAUUCGGCUAACCGCUGAUUAGGAGGACGAAUGGAUCAAGUUCAGCACCACUCGCUUGUCCGGAGGCGAUUUCAAGGCCACUUCGGCUGCGCUUGAGGAAUUGAACGACCACCUUACACUUCGCACAUUUUUAGUUGGCUAUACCUUAACAAUUGCUGAUAUUGCGGUCUGGGGAGUUCUUAAUGGGAACGGGCAGGCCAUCUCUGCUAUCAAGAGAAAUCACCUGCCAAACCUAGUCCGCUGGUUCAAGUAUAUCGGGUCUAUAGAGAGAGUUACCACCUCUGUCGACUCUUUCAAGGCGGAGGCCAUUACCAAGAAGAAGGCUAAGAGUAAGGAGACCAACUAUGACAUUGGCCUCAUGGAUACUGAGAAGGGUGUCGUUACUCGGUUCCCUCCAGAGCCAUCGUAUGAACCACACUCUAGAUUUCAUACGGACCCAAGCUGAUAUGCAAAACAGUGGAUAUCUACACAUCGGACAUGCCAAAGCUGCUAUGCUGAAUCAAUACUUUGCCCAACACUAUAACGGUACUCUGAUUGUUCGUUUCGAUGAUACCAACCCUACCAAGGAGAAGCAGGAAUUCCAAGACAGCAUCCUACAGGAUUUAGAGCUCUUGGGCAUAAGGGGAGAUAAGCUUUCCUAUACUAGUGACCACUUUGACGCUUUAUACGACCUUGCAAUAGAAAUGAUUAAGCGCGGGAAAGCGUAUUGCGACGACACCACUCAAGAACAGGCAAGCUAUAAAAAAAUUAAAUUCGAGAUCGCACAGAUGCUAAUAAAGUCUUCAGAUGCGCGCUGAGAGAAUGGACGGAAUCGCUAGCAAAAACAGAGAUCGUUCGGUUGAAGAGAACAUAAAAAUCUUCGAAGAAAUGGCUCGAGCAACCGAAGCCGGUAUCAAGAAUUGCCUUCGAGCAAAAAUUUCAGUAGACGACCCUAACAAAGCAAUGCGUGACCCUGUUAUUUAUCGCUGCAAUCCAUCUGCUCAUCACCGCACUGGCGAAAAGUACAAGGUUUACCCUACUUACGACUUUGCUUGUCCCCUCGUGGAUAGUAUCGAGGGAGUUACCCACGCACUCAGGACCGUAGAGUAUAGAGAUCGCAAUCCCCAGUAUUGGUGGAUGCUGGAGGCAUUGGGAAUGAGAAAGGUUCACGUUUGGGACUUUGCCAGACUUAACUUUAUCAAAACUCUUUUGAGCAAGAGAAAGUUGACCUGGUUUGUUGAGCAAGGACUUGUCUGGGGAUGGGACGAUCCUAGAUUCCCAACUGUUAGGGGAAUUCGUCGCCGUGGAAUGACCAUUGAAGCGCUAAGACAAUUUAUCCUAGCGCAAGGGCCUUCGAAGAAUGUCGUCAAUCUUGAUUGGACCAUCAUCUGGGCCGGUAACAAGAAGGUGAUUGAUCCAAUCGCUCCACGACAUACCGCUAUUAUCAAAAAGUCGCAGUAAGUCCCCUCCCCCCCGUAUUAUAGAAUCCAUAAAAUACCAACACAUCCCAGCGUCAAAGCAACCAUUACCGGUGCUCCCACCCCAGCCGUCUGCGAGGACAAGCCCAAGCACAAGAAGAACUCCGCGAUCGGCACCAAAAAGACCUACCUUGGCAGCACCAUUCUUCUCGACCAAGCCGACGCCCGUUCCUUCAGGGAAAACGAGGAAAUCACUCUCAUGGACUGGGGUAAUGCAAUUAUCACUUCGAUCGAGCGUGCCUCCCCCGAGUCUGAUGUAACUUCCCUAACUCUCAAACUCCAUCUCGAGGGUGACUUCAAAAAGACCGAGAAGAAGGUCACAUGGCUCGCCACCGAGCAAUCUCUAGUGCCUGUUGAACUUGUCGACUUCGACUAUCUCAUCACGAAGGACAAACUCGAGGAGGAGGACGACCUGGCUAACUUUAUCAAUAAAGAAACCGAGUUCCGUGAAGACGCUAUCGCCGACGAGAAUGUCAGGAACGUGAGGGUCGAUGAUAUCAUCCAAUUUGAGAGAAACGGUUACUAUAGGUGUGAUCGCGCGGCAGCGGAGGGAGUCAAAGCGGUGUUUUUUUUGAUUCCUACAGGAAAGGGGGAGAAAACGGCCGAUAAGAAGUAG